AUGCGAGGAAAUCGUAGUCGUAGAGGUAAUGGCCGUGAGGGGAUUGUCCAAAAUGUACCGCGUCCGUCACCGGCCAUUCUACAAAUUACGGAUGCAUCUAUACCGGCCUCUGUAGCUGCACAUUCCCUUGUAGCACCUGCUAUUUCAUCAUUUGCUGCAGCUGAUUCAGAAGCUGGUGAGGCUGCUUUAUGGGAUAUCUGGAAUCAGGUAGUUGGAUACGCCUUGAAGAUGCCAGUUCAUCAGCUUGAUAGAGUGGUAGAAGUCCUCGCAGCUGUGGCUGACCUGAAAGAGCCGACUGAAUUUAAAAUCUGGGGUGAGCAAGUUACUUGGAAGCAACUUUCGUUGCUAGGGCCGGUCAUUCGAGAGUGUUGGGAUAACGAGCAGCAUGCAGAGUCGUUCAAUAUGAAUGCAUUCGCCGCUCGCCUUACAGCUGCUGAUCUGGUGGAUCUUUCUAUCUACGCAGUCUGGACGCUGCGUUCAGUACUAGAGGACUCGGCACCAGGCCGGAUUCACAGUAAAAAUGGAGACGAGGGGUGCAAAGCAGCAGCAGCAUGGUUCAUAUACGCGGGUAAGAGUAUGUACGCGUUUUGUAAGGAGGGAAAAACAUACGCUGGUCGUGCUGCAGAACAGGGCAGCGAUAUUGUUGGUAAAGACUGGAACGGCUACAGCGAAGAGAGAUGGCGGCUUUGGGUAGAGCGGCUAGAGGAGGUACAGAAGGCUGUGGUGGACGAUGAUACGAAAAAAGUUCUGCAAAAAGCGAUGGAAGCGAUUCAUGAUGCUACUAGCGAGUAG